CAAUCAACAACUGACGGAUUUUUUUUUUUUUAAUCUAUUGUGUUUACAAGAAAGGUUCAUGAAAGAGCAAAAGUUGCUCACAAUUCCGAGCUCUCGGAUUGUAAACACAGCAACAUGGAUUUUUAUUUGAGUCGACUGUAAAAAGCUGUCUGGACUUCAUUAAAGAGAAUAAAAAUGAAUAAAGGCUGGCUGGAGCUGGAGAGCGACCCCGGUCUCUUCACGCUGCUGGUGGAGGAUUUUGGUGUGAAGGGUGUUCAGGUGGAGGAGAUCUAUGAUCUGCAGAGCAAAUGCCAGAGUCCCGUGUACGGUUUCAUCUUCCUGUUUAAAUGGAUAGAGGAACGUCGUUCCAGGAGGAAAGUGUCCACUCUGGUGGACGAGACCUCGGUUAUUGACGACGACAUUGUCAAUGACAUGUUCUUCGCUCACCAACUGAUUCCAAACUCAUGUGCAACUCAUGCAUUACUGAGCGUGCUCCUGAACUGCAGCGGGGUGGAGCUGGGCAGCACACUGAGCCGCAUGAAGGCUUUCACGAAGGGAUUCAGUCCAGAAAGUAAAGGCUAUGCCAUCGGGAAUGCUCCAGAGUUAGCAAAGGCGCACAACAGUCACGCCAGGCCUGAGCCACGGCACCUGCCGGAGAAACAGAAUGGUAUCAGCGCCGUGAGGACGAUGGAGGCCUUCCACUUCGUCAGCUACGUCCCUAUUAAAGACAGACUGUUCGAGCUGGACGGCCUCAAAGCCUACCCCAUCGACCACGGUCCUUGGGGAGAAGAGGAGGAGUGGACAGACAAAGCUCGGAGGGUCAUUAUGGAGAGGAUCGGCCUGGCGACAGCAGGUGAGCCGUACCAUGACAUCCGCUUCAACCUGAUGGCUGUGGUUCCUGACCGCAGGGUGAAGUACGAGUCCAGACUCGAGGUGCUCAAACGCAACCGGCAGAUCGUUCUGGAAGGACUGCAGCAGGCCAUCAGGGCUUCCCAGGCAGACACAACACAGGAGCGCAAGCAGCAAGACUCCUCGUCCUCUGAGGACACGCCCCCUGCUGUGAAAAAGGAGGAGGGGUCAGAUACACCAGUCACUCCUGGUCCAGCUCCACCCACAGCAGACGCCGCGAGUGUUCCUGCCGGGUCAAGCUCCUCAGAGAAACCCAAAGCCACAGUGAAGCCUCCUAUUUUGCCUCCAGGGGGCACCACCACUGGCCCCAGCUCCAUCGUCCAGCGCCUGCCCGCCUUCCUGGACAACCACAACUACGCCAAGUCCCCCAUGCAGGAGGAGGAGGACCUAGCUGCAGGCGUGGCUCGUGCUCGUGCCCCUGGCCCCCCUCAGGCCUCGUACUCUGAUGAUGAAGAUGAGGAUGAGGAGGAAGAGGAGGACAGGUUCCCCAAAAAGGCAGGUGUCCGCGGGCGGGCUGUGGCCCGGAACAGUGGUGGGGGUGGAGUCUCGGGCGUGGAGGGUCAGCUGGCUCUGAGCAUGCUUGCUGAGAGACUCAAAAAGGAGGCACAGAGGAAGGAGGCCCUGGCAACGACAGGGACGACGGCGACGCCCGGCUCUUCCAUCCUGAACGUUCGCACAGAGGGCCGAACUGGGGGCAUCAGCAUCACGCCCGCCUGCCAGCCCUCGCCCACGCCCAGCAACGAGAGCACGGACACGGCCUCCGAGAUCGGCAGCGCCUUCAACUCUCCGCUCAGAUCUCCUGCACGCUCACAGGCUGCCACUCGACCCUCCAGCCCCGUGGCCUGCCACCUGAGCCGCGUGCUGUUCGGAGACGAUGACGUCCUGCUGAGACUCGACACUCGACACAACCGCGCCGUCCGAGAGCUUGGCGCCCUGAUCAGCUCCACGCAGCUGCAGCUCAGAGAGGAUGGAGCCAUCUACACACUGCCAAGUACAGACACGGUGUGUGAUGUGGUGAAGAAAGCUGGCGGAGUGGACAGUAAGGAGCCGAGUGAGAGGACAGAAGGAGGAGAGGUGGAUGGAGGGAAAGGAGGAGCGUCUCGAGAGCUGAAACAGGAAAAGGACGUCACCGAGACGAGCAAGGACAAGCCGAGUGUGGAGACGGCGAGCUUUGCAGAGCCUGAGGCGCUCACCAAACCGCUCGGCGAGAAAUACACUCCUAAAGAGUUGUUGGCUCUGCUGAAGUGCGUGGAGGCCGAUAUCGCAAACUACGAAGUGUAUCUGAAAGAGGAGGUGGAGAAACGGAAGAAAUACAAGAUUGAUGAUCAGAGGAGGACUCAUAACUACGAUGAGUUCAUCUGUACCUUCAUUUCCAUGCUGGCACAGGAAGGUAUGCUGGCGAGUCUGGUGGAGCAGAACAUUUCCGUGCGCAGGAGGCAGGGUGUGAGCAUCGGCCGGCUCCAUAAACAACGCAAGCCGGACCGAAGAAAGCGAUCUCGGCCAUACAAAGCCAAGCGCCAGUGAACACGCCCCGCGAUUUCUCUGAGAAAGGUGCUGAUAAACCCUCAAAGUUCGGAAUCCAAGAACUAACAAACAAAUCAAUACACCUAGGACCUCUGAACACCGCCUGGCUCAAACACAUUCAGGUUGAUGACUAGCUGAGGGAAAAAACAAGAGCGAGUGAGAAUGCUGAUGAAGACGAGUGACAUUUUACUUAAAAAAAAAAACCCUCGUCCAUGCCGAUGAGGAACAUCACAAUGAACAUUCUGUGAUUUAUCAAGACCAGUGCAAGUGAACACUCUGAGGUGAAAAAACGCAUUUGGACGGAUCCAGAUUAGCGCUAGUGAACAUACUGGAGUUUAUAAAAACUAGCACUGAUGAAUCCACGGAUAGUUAUGAAAAGUAGUGAAUACACCUCACAUUUACAAAAGCCAAAGGAGGUGAAGACAUGUUUCCACUGUGUGAAGACGAGUGCUUAUGGACCUGUUCUGACUGACCAAGUGAACUCUCAACACUUCAGAUGAUGAAAACAUGCUCGUGAACACACCCUGAUUUUAACAAACCGCACCUGUGAGCAGCCCGAAAGCUGUGGUGCAAGUGGACACACCUCGGAUUGCUCAGCAGUGUGUGUAUCGUUGACUACGGAGCAAAGACAAAAAAAAAAAUGUUAUCCUGGACAUGAUGGAGGAUUUGGACGGUCCUUACAUUUUCUUAUUUAAUUGCUGGACCAGUCACAGUUGUGUUUUUGAAGACAGUCGUGCCGGUCUCAGCCGGAACAAUCAGUGUUAUGGAGAAAAAUGUUUCAGAUUCUGACCAAACUUUCAAAAUUCUGUGUUGUCAUAAUCUUCUUUUCCUUGUGCAGACGAAAGGUGUGUGUGUGUGUGUGUGUGAUUUUUCUUUUUCCCUAAUGUCUUUCUAUCUGUACAUAUAUAUGUGUGUGUGUGUGUGUGUAUGAGAGUGACUUUUAUUGUUGGCUGAUGUAUCGGAAAUCAUAGUUUAUCAAUCUUCAAUGUAUCAGCUCAGCAAUCGUCCUUCGCAGUAAAAUAAACGUGUUACACGAUAAAAA